AUGUGGAAAGACUCUCGUCCAGCUCAGCAGCUACUCAGGUCCAUAGCAGAAGCAGCAACAUGUGCAUGCAAGCAUUUAAUGCACUGGAAAAGGGAUAUGAUCCCUAAAUUCCCAUUUCAAUGUACCCUCGCAGGUCUCGCCGCCGUUUUGCCUCCUCUUUGGUCGUCUCUCUUCCUCUCCAUUGAGGAGGCAGCUCGCGCCGUCCUUCCUGUCGUGGCGCUUCUUCAAACCUUUGGCGUGCAUGGUGGUGUCUUUAGGGAUCGAGGGGCGGUGCAGAGGGCCCGUAGAUUUUGUUUCUGUCCGCCGCGCCAGUGGUGGUCGGAUCUGAGGUUAGCAACCGGGCGUUCCCCUGGAUCCGAGUCGUCUCUGGUGCUGAGACGGAUGGGUCUGACGGUGGUGGUUGCAGUCUCCCGUCGUGGUUUCAGCAGCCGUGGUUGGUUUGGUGCGGGGGCAGCUCGUGCUCGGGCAGUGGGCCUGUUCUUCGUGAGGGGCCUCUCGGGGUUGCCGUUCUUUUGGAGGUGUUAG